AUGUCGUUUGAUUGGUUAAACGUACCAGGUCUGAAUAUAGAGAACACUGGAACUGAUUCGAAGCAAAAUGAGCCUGUGGUACCACCCAGUGUCUCCUUUGAUUUUGGUCUCCCACCUCCAAUCCACGAUGCAGGUACAAUGACACGAGACUCUAGAAGUAUAAGCGAUACAGCUCUGGAUAUGGAGGUUUCUAAUAGUUAUAACAAUGCCAACAAUUCUUCCAAUGCAUUUUUAAAUGUGAAUCCACCUCAGCAUGCAGCUAGUAAUAAUGAUAUAACUACUAUACAAGAGCAUAAAGAAUUGACUCAAUAUAAAGAAACCGCAGACGAUCUUAAGGUACCGUUAUCAUUGUCACAGAAUCAACUGACACAUGAAGAGAUACGAACCUAUUUAAGAUGGUACAAAUAUAUUCUAGCAAGAUCCCAUACAAAGUUAGUAAGACUGCAAGAUGUUUUUAGAUUUUUAGGUAAUUUCACAAUUAAUGAAGAACUAAAAGCACGUAUUAUGGCCAUUUUCAGAAGUUGCAAGAGUGCAUUAAAUAUUGGUCAGUUUUUUGCGGUUUUAAGAUUAAUAUCAAGGGCUAUGAUAGAAGGUGUACUACCCUACAGACGUAUGAUUUUAGAAAAGGCCCCUAUUCCGAAACCUCGUCCUAUCUUAUCUACCCAAGGUAAUGGUGAAAUCUAUGAAGAGGUGGAAGAAGAUGAGGACAACAAGGGGGAUACCACUAGCAAAGGUAAUGGCUCAGUGGAUUUUGAUUCUUUUACAUCCUUAUUACUGACAGGUAAGACAAUAAGAAAAAGAGUUAGAAGAAAGAUCUUAAAUGCCGCCUUCAGAAAUAAAAGAGUUAGAUUCUCAGAGAGUAUUACAUUCCAGGAUCCACCUACAGAUAAGGCACACAAUCACGACACACAACACAAUAAUACUCCUGACGCAAAUAAUGGACUCGAGGAGCCUAUACCACAGGGGCCAUUGGAUCUUUCGUUACCGAUGGAUCAACUUUUAAAACAAAUGGCAACCCGCAAGCAUAAUAACACCGCAUUAGUCUCGAAACUACCUUCUGAACAACAAGAGACUGAAGAGGAGAGAGAAGAAUUGAGAGAUAUGCAGGAUUCUUUAUCACACUUCAAACAGAUCCAAACCGUAGAUGCAGUGACUGGAUUGGGGACUCAAUUACCUGUCGAAAAUACAAAUGGUAGGAACGUCCCAAAUAUGAUGGGGGUCAGCAGUACCCCAUUACAACCAUUGAAACCAACGGCUACCGGUUCUGCCAACCAUUUCAUGCGCCAGGAAGUGAAUCAAGGAUUUUCUGCUCCUUCAACUAAUGAUACUAACGGUGUUUUGACGCCUUUGAAGCCUACAGCAACGGGGUCAGCAAAUCAUUUUAUGCGUCAAGAGAUGAACCAAGGCUACAUAACUUCCCAAAAUACCGAACCGAAUGACUCAUUGCAACCAUUGAAGCCAACGGCAACAGGUUCUGCAAACUACCUCGUACGUAGCCAUUUUGAAACAAAUGAAAAUAUUGCACCUACACAACAGGUACAACCUUCAUUCAACCAGAAUUCUAUACCGACAACGGCAAUUCCAGCGUUGUCACCUCAGCAUACUACCGAAAUUCAACCGUUAAAACCUACUGCAACUGGAUCGGCAAAUUAUUUGAUGAAACAACAGUUUGCAACUCCAAUGACAGCUCCGCAUGUAAAUAAUCCUGCACAAAGUAAUCAGAAUAUGCCAGCUGCUGGUACAAAUGGAUCAGUUCCUCGAUUUCAAGCGACCGCGCCAAAUGACCAAUUUAUGAAUUUUCCUCAGCAGCAACAACAACAACAGCCAAAUAUUCAAUAUCAAAACAGUGGAACUAGUAACGGUAGUAUUUCUCAACAAAACACUUACAGUAAUAACAACGUAAGCCAAUCUGCCGAGAAUGCCCUUCCUCAAUUACACCCUCAAAAUACAUACCCACAGGCCCAUGUGACGGGCAACAAUCAGAAUAUUCAGAAUAUUUCCCACCAACAGCAACAGCAGCAACAAUUUGGUUCUUCUAAUCUGUUAAACCCAGGCGCCAAUGCGGCAUCAAAUUAUUUCCAAUCCUUACUAACAGGUUCACAUUCUCCUUCCCCCAAUGCAAGCCAUAUACAAGUGUCCAAUACAGGGAAUAAUGGCUUGGGUAUGCAUCCGCAAGGAAACCAACAAAUGUAUAGCGGGACCUCUUUGCAGCCCCCUACAAACAAUAACAGUAAUGAUUCUACUGGGUACGGGCAGUAUCAAAACGGUCAACCUGCCAUAUACCAAAAUCAGCAAGUGCAACAGCAGCAGAAUCAAUCAAAUAACCCACACUCAUAUUAUCCUGGUCAAAUUCAGUCUCCGCCACCUGGAUCAUAUAAUUCCACGAGUCAGCAUCCAAUGCAGAAUACCAUGCAGACAAGUAAUCAAACUCACCUAAAUGUUCCUCAGUACUCAUAUAGCGGUCAACAAAAUCAUAGUUCUCAACCUAACCCCAAUAUUUUGGGUGAUUACCAGGCAAUGCAAAAUCAAGUUAACUCAUUGCAACAAUCUUACAAUAGACGUUAA